UUUCCCAGCCCUACUUCAGAUUCUCACCAAAAAGAUAAAAGGAUAACAAAUUUAUUACCGGGCUCAGUAAGCUCAAGUGAUCGGCCCAUCUUAGACGGCCUGCUGGGAUCUACGGGCCUUCAUGUGGAUCUAUCUGAAUCUGACUGCAGGCAGCGGUUUCGUUUUGCACUUUGCAGUUUGCACAGUGCAAGCACCAUCUUGCCAUUUUCGUCAUCGAUCUGAAGACUCUCUGAAGAUUCUGAACAAAGAAAAAGAGAAAAGGAGGCCACUUUUACUUUCCUAUUCUCUGUUUGUUUGUCGAGAAACUGUUUCGAAUCGUAACGAGAAAAUCAGAGCUUCCUCAAACCCUAACUUGUGAAUUCGUUGAGGAGGAGCGAGCUCGGCUCGAUGAUCACGGAUCGUUGAAGAUCGCGCGCUAUGAUGAGUCCCUCUUCAGAGCCAAGAACGACAGCGACGAAGGAGAAAAAAAGCAGCAGCGAAUUGGUGAGUGCGAAAUUGAUCGAAUGGGAGGAUUACGAGCAGGAAGUCGCGCGAUUGUGGAGCCUUUCCUCUGCUCUUAAGGAAGCUAGAGAGAAGAAGGAAGGUCUGGAGGGGAAGCUUCAUUCGCUCAAUCAGGUAGGACCGUUGCGAUAGCUAGUAAUGGUGAAGUAUUUACUCUCUGCAUUUUGCUUUCUAGAAGCAUAAAUGAUGUUUCAGCUUUGUUGUCUUAAUUAUCUUGAGAGGACCAUUUAGUGCACUCUUAGGUUGUCAGCAAAUCUGGUAAAGAAUUACCAGUUGGUAUUAUGUUACCCCAUUGUGCCAUUUUCUUGGGCAUUAAUUGAUUAGCCCGCGGAUUAGCGGGCGGCAACAUGGUCGGCAGGUUGAAGCUGAGUCAUUAAGUCGAUUGAAUGUGCUUGAAGAGAUAAGGGAGAGGGUUGGCGCUAGGAAAAAGAUGAUGGAGAGCUUGUCAGACCGCUUGCAGGGUGCAGAAGAGAAAGCUAAGAAGGAAGAACAAAGACUUGGUGCAGAAGUUAGAUCGCUUUUGGUAGCAGGAACUGCUCUUUCUGUGGCUAACAAGCAACUGGAGGUAAGUUGUGAGGUUUUGCUGCUACUGUGCUUUUCAGAAAAAUUAGUUGAUUAACAUUUCAUAUAUGUUUUGAGUUAGCAAGUGCCAGUAAUUGUUUGCAUAGGAUGUUGGUCCUAUAAAUCUGGGUACCCCAGUUUAUCCUGCAAUCAAAUAGUCGGGAUAAUAGAAAGCAUGCUAGAGAGUCGAAGAACAGUUUGUUCUUGUGAAGAUUGACAAUAAGUUUUGACUUAUUGU